AUGAGUCUACUUGGUCUGCCAAAUGAGGUUUUGUUGCAAAUUUACGAGUACGGAGGCCUCGAGAUUCUUGCGUCCGGCCUUCCUUUUACUUGCAAGCGACUCCAUGCGCUCAGUUUUGACGACCAGCUGUGGCAGGGCUCCCUUACGGAAAUGUUUCAUCAAUGCUAUUUUUCUGCGGAAAGAAUAAGUGUUUUAGGGGUGAUUCCGGGCUACCGUAAAUGGUUCUACCAGCAGCUCAAAAUAAACGCUAGAGUUGCUCGCGCCCUGGACACUCUGGUCUACGAGGCCCCCGAGGAGGCUGAGGCGGUUGUCCUGCAAGUCGUCGCCCACCGUUUGCCUGCUCUGGUCCAGCUGGAAGCAGCAAUCAAAGAGCCAAAGACACUCGCCCACUACCACUGGGCGUCCUGGUUGCACUCCGUAGUGUGCCGGCUUGAGGGCGUCUACCGCUUGCUCGAGCUGUCUACUGAAAACGAUUGCGGUAACGCAGUCGUCAAGGAGCCCAUUAAACAUGUGGAAACUUUACUAUUUUUGAGAGGCGGUGCCAGACCCUAUGAGUUUCAAAACGCAAUGACCUCGAAUUGGUCUCCGGUGAUAAAGGGCAUUGCCGAGCUGCCUGACCAGAUUCUGGCGGUAAUGUCAGAGAUUCGCAAGAUUUCAAGCACACUGGGCAUCAGAAACGAUUAUUUUGCCACACUGCUCAAAUGUACUUUGUUUGCUCACAUCGCCUACGACAUCUGGGAUGACGUCGAUGCCACUCUAUUCACUUUCCCCGGUGUAACUUAUGUCUGUGUUCGGCGGGAGCAGGAAUGGCUUUUCGUGGAUUUCCAGGCGCCUCCCCAAUCACCCAAGGUCAGAACCCUGCAAGAAGUUCGCGAUCUCAUGGCCUAUGCCCGAGUUUCUGAGCAAGACGUCCAAGUGGGAGUGUCCUUCCGCGACCUCAUGGCCACGACGUAUGUGUGGCACACUAUGCCAAGCGAAAACAGACAGAGCAUUCUUGAUCUUAUUGAGCACGCUGCUUUGGACGUGCCUGUGCGUAAACUGCAAAUGCAUCCGGGCCUGUACGAAGCAGUGGCCAAACGAAUUAUUCUUAAAAACAUUGACGACGUCCAUCUCACCCCGCAAAUGCCAGCGUCUCGGCGGCCGACCGGGCUGGUGUUCCGCCCGGGCAUGGUCUGUCAAAUUGUCGGAAUGGGGUCCUCGGAGUCGGUUGUUGUACUCGAGUCCAACAAUGACUCGUGCACGGUUCUUCGCGGCUCGCAGGUCCGCACGGUUUUGUCGUCAAUGCUUGUCCCUGGCUACGACGGCAAAAUCAAGCGAGACAGAGGCCUUGUUGUGCCCGAUAUCGAUGCAGACUUGACCAUUCUCGGCGAGUACUUUUUGAACUAUGAUCCCCAGCACCAAGCAUUCAACCCGGCUUGA